AUGGCCUCCUUCUCAAAAAAAACCUUCUUUGGCAUGCUGGUAGUGUUCGACGACCCGGUGACGGAGCGGACGGCGCUGCCCGUCAGGCAGGAGGAGCCGGCGGCGCGCGCACAGGGGUUCUACUUCUACGACAAGAAGGAAUCGUACCGCGGGUGGUUCUCCUUCUCGCUCGUGUUCAACUCGAAGGCAUGCAGGGGCACCCUCAACCUCAUGGGCGCCGAUCCCAUGGACGCGGAGACGCGUGACUUUUCCGUCGUAGGGGGCACCGGCGACUUCUUCAUGGCGCGCGGCGUCGCGACGAUCCGCACCGACGCUACCGAGGGCUACUUCUACUUCCGCCUCAAGAUGGACAUCAAGCUCUACGAGUGCUACGUCUGA